AUGGCCGGAAGACGAAUAACACAGCUGGCUCUGCUUCUCCUGCUCUCGUCAAGUUGUGCCUGGGCGAACGACGGCACGAGGAAACCCGAGCGGAGCGACUUGAGACUCGGAAGGGAAGACAUUUCUGUGGAACAGGCCGUUUCGUUGGUGGCUGUCAGGAAUAGGCUGGAUGAAGAACCAUUGGAGGAAAUUAAUGAGGAAACCCAACCGUCUCGACGCCAGGAAUACACAUCUGAGAUCCGCAUACCAUCACAACAUGGCGAAGAUAUCGAUGAAUUGCAACGUCCUCAAGCCAGGUCACCCACUGCCGAGGAAGCCGCCCAGAUCACGACGCCACCUUUAUUGAAUCCACUGAUCCUUCAACGACAAGACAACAACCAGGGCCAGAUCGACGACCUCAACCGUCGGCUCCAGUCCGCACAACAGUCCGCCCAGCAGGCCCUUCAGUCCCUCAGCGACGCGUCCCGGCGAGUCUCACAAGCCAGCCAACAGCUCUCGCAAUCAUCCCAGCAGCUCUCGCAACAGAGCCAGCAACUCUCGCAGUCGUCGCAGCAGCUCUCGCAGCAGAGCCAACAAUUAUCACAGAGCCUCCAGCAGGCCACACAGUCCGUACAGUCGCUGACACAGGCCGUGAGCGCUGCCCAGUCCAGCGGGAGCUCGGCGUUUGCGAGCUGCACGAACAGUGCCUCGGCGGCGCUCGCGCAGGCCUCGGGCGAGCUUGCGAGCAAGGUUGGCGAUGCCCAGGCGCAGAUCACGCUCGCCAAUAACCAAGCACAGAGUCAGGUCCAACAGGCCCAAGGUGCCGCCGUCUCAAUCACACAGGCCGCGCUGGCCAUCGUGGGGACAUUCAUCGGCUCGUCGCUGCUGACGGUGCUGGUCGUGUGGCUCAUCAUCCGGCACAAGCGCAAGCAGAGGGACCGCGCCGCCGCGCCGAUGAACACGGGGGUGAGCAGCUACUACGGCGGCGGUCCGGGCGCCGAGGCGUACGGUGCCAUCGCCAGGGACGUCAAGGACAUGAUGCUGUCCCCCGCCAGCGGGACCACCAAGAUCGGCUCGGAGAGGGCCCGGUCCUUCGGCGGGAGCAGGGGGAAUGAUAUGGUCACCAAGGGGUAUGGCCUGGAGAAAGAGACCGGAAUGGGCACGGGCGCGGGGGCCGACGCAGGCGGGGGCGGGCCAGGGGACGUCCAGAUAGGAUACGCCCGGAGCACCAACUACCGCGAGCGCAAGGCGCCGAAGCUGUCGGAGCCGCCGGCGGCGCGGAGCAAGGAUAGUAGUCCCGGCACGCCGAGGACGCCCAAGUACGAGGUCUUCCCCAAGGUGACACAACCAGGCCCGUCGCCAGCAGCAGCACCGGUCCCCGGCGUGCAGGGUGGCGGGGCGGGAGGAGGAGGAGGCGGCCGCCCGUUCCGGCCCCGGUCGUCGAUCCAGCCCGACUACAACCUCCAGGACUGGCUGCAGACCACCACCGUGUCCCCGUUCGGGACGCUCGAGAGGCCGAACAAUAGCAACAACACCAACAACAAUGCCACGGCCAACACCAUCCAGUCGCGGCCCGCCCCACAGCCGCAGCAGCCGCCGAAGCGCACGUCCGAGGUGAAGUGGCCGCUGCAGGGGUCGUCGUCGUCGGAGCCGCCGUCGCGGUCCAACAGCAACACGUCGCGGGACGCAGACGCAGACACCGACGCGGGGCCCGCCGCGUCCCAGCCGGACGCAGUGGUAACGAGGGAGCCGGCCGCGGAGACGAGGACGGUGACGGUUGCGAGCGCCGGGGGCCCGGCUGCGACGAGGUCUGUCCGGGUCGGGGUGGAGAGCAUGAGGGGGGAUUGGGCUGCCUGGGGUGGCGAGGAAGCUGCCGCUUAG